AUGGAUAAGAAGACUUACCGGGCUCAGGUCGACAACAACCAGGCUAAAGAACGAAUUGGAUGUGUGGAUCCCUAUGGCUUCGAGCGCUCGAAAGACUUUGACUACAGCUCGUAUGAGGAGAUCAUGUCCCAGUACCUUGGUGUCCUCACCCGCAGGUCCAUAAAGUGGUCUAAACUCCUCAAAGGAAAAAACCGAGUCCAGAAGAAUGUGAAAUUGAAACGUUAUGUCCGUAAAGGCAUUCCCAACGAGCACCGCACUCUGAUCUGGAUGAUGGCCAGUGGAGCACAGAACCAACUGGAGAAGAACCCGGGGUUUUACCAGACUCUGCUCUCCGCUCAGCAAGACUCCAAACUUCUGGAGACCAUUCGCACAGACCUGAACAGAACAUUUCCAGAUAACAUAAGUUUCCGUAAGACGUCGGACCAUUGCCUUCUGAAGUCCCUGUACAACGUGCUGCGGGCCUACGGCCAUCACAACCCGGCUGUGGGAUACUGUCAGGGAAUGAACUUUAUUGCUGGGUAUCUACUAAUCAUCACAAAAGAUGAAGAAAAGUCCUUCUGGCUCAUGGAUGCUCUGAUCGGCAGAAUAUUGCCUGACUACUACUCUCCUGCCAUGUUGGGCUUGAAGACGGACCAGGAGGUCUUGGGAGAGCUGGUCCGACUGAAGGCACCUGGAGUCUGGAAAACAAUGACUGAGAACAACGUGAUGUGGACGCUGGUCGUGUCGCGCUGGUUCAUCUGCCUGUACAUAGACGUCCUGCCGGUAGAGACCGUCUUAAGGAUUUGGGACUGUCUGUUUUACGAAGGCUCAAAGAUCCUUUUCCGGGUGGCUCUGACUCUGAUUCACCAGUACCAGGCUGAGAUCCAGACGGCCCAGUCCCUGCCUGACAUCUGUGAGGUCUUCAAACGCAUCACGCACGGGCCCUUUGUGGACGAGUGCCACCCCUUCAUGCAGAAAAUCUUCACUGAAACAGGAAGUCUUUCUAUGACCACGUUGACCAAACUGAGGACCAAAUGCAGAGCCCAGUUUACUCAAGAGUCCUGA